UUUCCACAGGAUCCAAAUGCAAGGGAAUAUCUCCAAUUGGCUUUAACCAGAGUCCUAGAAUUACAACGAGAAAUUGAGGAAGGCACAUACGCCACAGAAAUCGAUAAUGGCAGCAGUGAUCUGGACGUAUCGGGCAGUGAAGAAGAUUUAACAAAGGAAAUCCUUGCCAAAGUGUUCCAAGAUCUACCCGGAACGUCCAAUUCGAUCGCUAAGAUAAUAGACAGAGAGGCACUAUGGAGAAGUCGUCGUAUAGAUGGGAUCCGCAAUAAGAGGAUACAAUUACUGGGUUUCGAUACUUGUCGGAGAAUGACCCUCGAGUUCAUGAAGACGGUAGUGCGAGAAACACGAGACAGAUCGUCGUUAGAAGUCGGUCGCUACGAUUUAUCUGUACCGUGGGACGAAUCGCUACGCUCGAGAAACAGGAUUCGAGCGAGCGAUUUGCGGGAAUCCAGUGCGAUCAAUGCACAAGAGAUUCGAACAAGAAUGCUGAGAAGUCUGGAUUUGCAUUUAGCCGCCAAACAAAGAGACUACACGGCCAAAUUAAUGAGAUCGGCUAUAUAGCUCUACGUACCCAUUAUAAAGCACUUUAAAGAAAACGAAUCGAAGAAAUUUCUAAAUUAUAUUCCGCUGAGUGUGCCGUGUUGACGGUAUUAAUGCAAUGAAAAUCUCUGCCCGACAUUUCUUAUUCGGAAUAUCACAUCCACUUGGAUAUUAUCAAGAUAUUUUUUCAUAUAUCGUGGAGAAUUCCAUCAGACGAGUAUUAUUUCCUUUUAGGAAAUCUUCCAAAAAUAUUGACAGAUCGUUUUGUGGGCGAUAUGCCAAAUGUUAUAAAUGUCACUCGUUCGAAUUAAUAAUAGGUUAAAUGACGUACUUUAUUUAUCCGAUAUAUCAAAUCCUAUUUCUUUUAAGCGAAGUUGUAGCACUUCGCUUUUAGAAUAGAAAAGAUAAUUGAU